CUCGUGACUCUUGGCCUGCACAGCUCAACAAUGUCCGGGGCAUCCUCCAAGUGCUUGGGGAAAGGAAGCCUGCCUCCCGGUCUAGUCCCGGAGGGCCAGAUCCACAUCUACAGCAUGAGGUUCUGCCCCUUUGGUCAGAGGACGCUGAUGGUCCUGAAGGCCAAGGGAAUCCGGCACGAAAUCAUCAAUAUCAACCUGAAAAACAAGCCUGAAUAGUUCUUCAAGAAGAAUCCGUCAGGGCUGGUGCCAGUUCUGGAGGACAGUCAGGCUCGCUUGAUCUCUGAUUCCAUCAUCAUUUGUGAGUACCUGGAUGAGGCAUACCCAGAGAAGAAAUUGUUCCCAGAUGACCCUUACAAGAAAGCUUGCCAGAAGAUGAACUUAGAGUUAUUCUCUAAGGUACCACCUUUGGUUACAAGCUUUAUUAGAACAAAGAAGAAGGAAAACUAUCCUGACUUAAAAGAAGAAAUGAGCAAGGAACUUCACAAGCUAGAGGAGGCUAUGACACCUUAUAACUCAGACUUCUUUGGUGGGGACACUGUCUCUAUGGCUGAUUAUCUUAUGUGGCCUUGGUUUCAAUGGCUGGAAGCACUGGAACUCAAUGAGUGUGUAGCCGACACUCCGAAACUUAAGCUCUGGAUGGCAGCCAUGCAGGAAGACCCCACAGUAUCAUCCCUCUCAAUUGAUCCCAAGGUCUUUCAUGGUUUCUUAAGUCUUUACCUACAGGACAGCCUUGAGGCCUGUGACUAUGGGCUCUGAAGAGAAGAGUCCUCAGUGGAUGAUAUUUCCCUUUAUUGACAGGAAUAAUAAGCUUUCUUUUUACCCAGUAUUCUUACUGGCUAAUUUC